AUGCCGAACUGCAUUUCCCUCAAGGGGUCAAGUGCCUGCCCUGCCUGGAGUAGCUCGUCCAUUUCAACCAGUUCCAGCCUAUAUGCCGACUUCCCUUUCCUCAAGAGCGUAUCGAAUCUGACGGAUUUCGAUAAUUCAUUAAAGAACUAUAUCAAUGGAUCAUAUAUUUCGACAAAGUAUGAUGACUUACUGGGAUGCCAAGGCAUGAAUUCGAGCGCGCCCAACAACUACUAUGCGCAGUAUACAACCAGUGUUCUGUGCAGUAGUGUCGUGCAAAGCUCCAUAUCCGACUGCAAACUUUCCACGGCUGAAUCGGUACCAAUUUGCGUCGAUACAUGCGCACUUUGGGCCCGGAGUGAGCAGGAGACCAUGGCAAAUACAGAGUUAUGCACCAGUAGCGAGAAGAACUACACGGACCUAAUCUACGCCGAAUUGACCAUCUGCGAAAAACCAUCCAACGCCCUUUCUGGAGAUUGUAUCAAGGGAGCUGCGAAUGAGCCGGACAACUGCGGCUUUGCGACAAAUACCAUUGGUCUCUGCACUUUUUGUGCCAAUGGGACCGAUAGCUGCUGCACGAAAUCCAAUGCCACGAGUCGCUGUGACGGUGUCGCAGUACCGACUGUUACUCUACCACCUCUCACGCCGUCACCCUCCGCCACUGGAAGUCCUAGCCAUGGCUUAUCGGGCGGCGCAAUUGCCGGAAUCGUAAUUGGCGCCGUUGCAGGAGCUGCCAUUCUCGCUGCUCUCCUCGCCUUCCUUUGCAUUUUCAUGCGCCGCCGUCGUCGUGAGACCCAAAACGAAGCUGCACUCAAUCAACCAAACCCACAGAGAAAGGGCGGAUCGUCAUCAAUGCAGCAGCCCCCAAGCCCAACGUCAUACAACAUGGUGCCAGGAGGUCGAGUCACACGGAUGUCUGCACUUCGCGAAAUGCCCAGUCAAUCAUCGCCCGCCUAUUCGCGCACCUCCGCGGCAAUGUACGGCAGCGGAGCCAAGUACAGCGACAUGUCAGACUCAGAAGGGACGGGUGCCAGUCCAGGAGCUAUGUCCAAGAGAAUCCCACCACUCGCCUCGCUCCGGCCCGACAAACCAAUACUCUUCCCCGAAGCAGUAACCAGUGGUCGAUCUGAGCAGCUGUCUUAUUUCCGCGACUACUACUCUCAAGAUGAGAUUCACGCUGGCGACAAGGUUGCCGUCCUUUGGGCGUACUCGCCACGCGCAGGUGACGAAUUCGAACUCGACCGAGGUGAGAUGUUGAGGGUAAUUGGCAUCUGGGACGACGGCUGGGCAACGGGUGUGCGACUUCCAGAGCGCGCCGAGGACCAAGACAUGCACUACCGUGAACAACGCGACAGUGGUGUCUCGAAUGGCUCACGGAUGCAUCCUUCGUCGCCCAUGCCAUCAGGCGAGAUCAAGGCCUUCCCCUUGGUCUGCAUCUGUCUGCCGCAACACUGGCACAAGAUCAUCGAUGGCGGCCAGGAAGACGAGGACGUUUGA